UUUUUGUCACUAUGUGUUGGAACAAGGUCCGGUUACGGUUUAAUCUCGACAGAAUCCGAUCAGAUGAACGAAACUUGUUUUGUCAGUACGUCUUGGUGCUUGAAUCAACACUUUUUAGAUGGGGAUCCGAUGUGCCUUGUCGGACGCCUAUUCACCAGCAGUCUUGUCACUCUGGUGUCCCUUAAUGACAUGCGGAAACUGCUGAUGUUUCAUUACCGGCAAAAUUAUCUCAUCUGUGAUUAUCGUUACACCAACACAAUCCUGGCAGUCAAAAUGAAUCGCAAGCGACUAAUUGUGUGCCUGGAGAAUGAGAUCUUUAUUCACAACAUCCGCGACAUGGAGAUACUUCAUCGAAUCGAAGAAACCCCAGCAAAUAAGAACGGGAUUAUUGCAUUUUCUCACCGUCCGGACAAAUGCUACCUAGCGUACCCCGGCUCCAAUCGUGUCGGCACCGUUUUCAUCUUCGACGCUCUCAACUUUACGAAUGUGACAUCAAUUGCUGCGCAUGACGGUCUCCUGGCAGCGCUUUCAUUCAACGCGUCCUCCACUAUGCUUGCCACGGCCUCGGAACGCGGUACCGUAGUUCGAGUGUUUUCAAUCCCCGACGGCGACAAGCUGAUGGAGUUUCGCAGGGGUCUUGCGAGAUGCGCUUCAAUUUGUUCCUUGAAUUUCUCCGCCGACAACCAUUUCCUCGUGACCUCGAGCAACACCGAGACCAUCCACAUCUUCAAGCUCUACGCCAACGUCGCCGACAUCGCGUCGGAGUCCACGGCAGCCAGCAGCGGCUGGGUCGGUGGGGCCCUGAAGGCGGGGGCUGCGUACCUGCCGCACCAGGUGUCCGAGGUGUUCACCCAGGACAGGUCUUUCGCCCACGCCUGGAUACCGCCCGCCUGUGCUGUCGCUCCUGUCGUCGGUGGCAUCGGCGAACUCCCCACCUCCGGACAAACCACUUGCCCCAACGGCCUCAAAAAAGUCGCCGCGCUAAUCUGGUGA